AUGUCAACUUCAACUUCGACUUUUAGUCAAAAUCCAGAUCAUGAUUAUGUAACUGAAAUAGUUCAAUUAUAUGAAACAACAGGUAAUCAAGGUGGUAGAGGUUAUGGUCAAACUGGACCAACUUAUGAAUUAGGAACUGGUGAAGUACCAUUAACUGAAAGUUUAGGUGCUGUUUAUCAAAUUGAUGUUUAUGAAAUUGUUGAAACUACUACUGCUGGUAGAACUAUUCAUCAAUUACGUGGUCCUGUUGCUAGUUCAACAACUACUGUUCUUAGUGGUAUUAGUGGAAAUAAUCAAGCUAAAAUGGGUGUGAGUUCAUUCCUUAUCAUAAUGAUGCUUUUAUUUAAUACGAUCUUUGGGUUAUAA